GGGGCGGUGUCUGCUGCGCCAGGUUCUCGGGACGCACGUCUCCAGGUCUGCCUGUUUCUGGGAGGCGGGCGCUGUGCGGCGGAGAAGCGGCGGAGGCGGGUGAGGACUCGCGGAGGACUGGGCUUCAGCCCGGGAUAACCAACUCCCCUUCUCUCUUCUCUCGUGCUUCCCCAGGCGGCGGCAGUAGCGGCGGAGCCCCGGAGCUCUAGCCUUCCCAGCGUCCCUGUCCCUCCCCCCGCUGCACCCCGCCCGGGCAGAGAAGGGAGCGCGAGAGCCCGAGCCGCGGGCGGGCGGGCGGCGAAGAUGGCAGAGGCGCCGGCCUCCCCGGCCCCGCUCUCUCCGCUCGAAGUGGAGCUGGACCCGGAGUUCGAGCCUCAGAGCCGGCCGCGCUCCUGUACGUGGCCCCUGCAGAGGCCGGAGCUCCAGGGAAGCCCGGCUAAACCCUCGGGGGAGGCGGCCGCUGACUCCAUGAUCCCCGAGGAGGAGGACGAUGAAGACGACGAGGACGGCAGCGGUAGGGCCAGCUCGGCCAUGGCGAUCGGCGGCGGUGGGAGCAGCACCCUCGGCGCUGGAAUGCUCCUUGAGGACUCGGCCCUGCUGCUGGCCCCCGGAGGGCAGGACCCGGGGUCAGGGCCAGCCGCCACGGCGGGUGCGCUAAGCGGGGGAACGCAGACGCCGCUGCAGCCUCAGCAGCCGCUGCCACCGCCGCAGCCAGGGGCGGCUGGGGGCUCCGGGCAGCCAAGGAAAUGCUCGUCUCGGCGGAACGCUUGGGGGAACCUGUCCUACGCCGACCUGAUCACUCGCGCCAUCGAGAGUUCCCCCGACAAACGGCUCACUCUGUCCCAGAUCUACGAGUGGAUGGUGCGCUGCGUGCCCUACUUCAAGGAUAAGGGCGACAGCAACAGCUCUGCGGGCUGGAAGAACUCUAUCCGGCACAACCUGUCCCUACACAGCCGGUUCAUGCGUGUCCAGAAUGAGGGAACUGGCAAGAGCUCUUGGUGGAUCAUCAACCCCGACGGAGGGAAGAGUGGGAAGGCGCCCCGGCGGCGGGCUGUCUCCAUGGACAACAGCAACAAGUAUACCAAGAGUCGUAGCCGUGCAGCUAAGAAGAAAGCAGCCCUGCAGACAGCCCCCGAGUCAGCAGAUGACAGCCCCUCCCAGCUCUCCAAGUGGCCUGGGAGCCCCACGUCCCGCAGCAGCGAUGAGCUGGAUGCAUGGACGGACUUUCGCUCUCGCACCAAUUCCAACGCCAGCACAGUCAGUAGCCGCCUGUCGCCCAUCCUGGCAAGCACAGAGCUAGAUGACGUCCAGGAUGAUGACGCACCACUCUCCCCCAUGCUCUAUAGCAGCUCGGCCAGCCUCUCGCCCUCUGGAAGUAAGCCGUGCACCGUGGAGCUGCCACGGCUGACCGACAUGGCCGGCACCAUGAAUCUGAACGAUGGGCUGGCUGACAACCUCAUGGAUGACCUGCUGGAUAACAUCACACUCCCGUCGUCUCAGCCAUCCCCCACCGGCGGGCUCAUGCAGCGGAGCUCUAGCUUCCCAUACACCACCAAGGGCUCUGGCCUGGGCUCCCCGACCAGCUCCUAUAACAGCAGCGUGUUUGGCCCCUCGUCUCUGAAUUCCCUGCGCCAGUCUCCCAUGCAGACCAUCCAAGAGAACAAGCCAGCUACCUUCUCUUCCAUGUCACACUAUUUUACCCAGACACUCCAGGACCUGCUCUCUUCAGACUCACUCAGCCACAGCGAUGUCAUGAUGACCCAGUCGGACCCCUUGAUGUCUCAGGCCAGCACCGCUGUGUCUGCCCAGAACUCCCGCCGGAACGUGAUGCUUCGCAAUGACCCGAUGAUGUCCUUUGCCGCCCAGCCUACCCAGGGGAGUUUGGUCAAUCAGAACUUGCUCCACCACCAGCACCAAACCCAGGGCGCUCUCAGUGGCAGCCGUGCCUUGUCGAAUUCUGUCAGCAACAUGGGCUUGAGCGAUUCCAGCAGCCUUGGGUCAGCCAAACACCAGCAGCAGUCUCCCAUCAGCCAGUCUAUGCAAACCCUCUCGGACUCUCUCUCAGGCUCCUCCUUGUACUCAACUAGUGCAAACCUUUCCGUCAUGGGCCAUGAGAAGUUCCCUAGCGACUUGGACCUGGACAUGUUCAAUGGGAGCUUGGAAUGUGACAUGGACUCCAUUAUUCGUAGUGAACUCAUGGAUGCCGAUGGGUUGGAUUUUAACUUUGAUUCCCUCAUCUCCACACAGAAUGUUGUUGGUUUGAACGUGGGGAGCUUCACUGGUGCUAAGCAGGCCUCAUCUCAGAGCUGGGUGCCAGGCUGAAGGAUCACUGAGGAAAGGGGAAGUGGGCAAAGCAGACCCUCAAACUGACACAAGACCUACGGAGAAAACCCUUUGCCAAAUCUGCUCUCAACACACGGACAGUGACACCGUUUACAGCUUAACACCUUUGUGAACCCCAUGCCAUUUUCCUAACCCAGCAGAGACUGUUAAUGGCCCCUUACCCCAGGUGAAGCACUUACCUUGGAACAGAACUCUCUAUCUAAAGUAUGCAACUCUUCCUUGUAUGGGGGUGAUGCGCCACCUGCCAGCCAAGGACAGCACCCCGCCAGCACCGCCCACCCUCGAUCAGAGCACACCGUGAGCCCCGGUUGGCGACUGUGGUGUUUUCAUAUCGCAGUGGUUUAUGGGAUGUUUCAAGUGUUGUUUCGUGUUUGUUUUCCUUUGACUUUCUGAGUUUUUCACAUGCAUUAACUUGCGGUAUUUUUCUGUUAAAAUGUUAACCAUUCUUCCCCUGGCAGAUUUAAAAACAGAAGGAAACUGUACCAGUUACCAUUUCGGCUUUGGGCAUCACAGGGGUUUGAGCCGUGGAACUCCAUAAACUAACAAUUACAUAAACUAGAGGGGGUGUUCUUUCUUCUUCUGUUUGGUAGAAAACUAUCCUUGUCUGAGAACUGAACAAGGGCACAACUGUUUGCUGCGCGCACCAGGCCAGGACUGAGCCCUGCACAGACGGAACGAAUGGAACCCGGCCCCCCACUCAGAGUGCUUCAGUGCUGAGUCGGGGGCCGGGGGCCAGGCCCCAGCGCCUGGUCCGCAGUGGCCCGGUCAGUGGGCUUGGUGUCCUCCUGCCAGUCCCCUCAGCUGAUGCAGGGAGCAAGGAUGCUGCGGUGGUUAGAAAUGAGGAUCUUUUCAGGAAAGAAAUCCACUAAUUGCCAAAUGCCACUAAAGGAUUUAGUUUUAAGGAGAAAAGAAAAGAAAAAGUCACAUUUUGCUUUGCAGAAAAAAUGAACUUGCAGGUGAGCACCAAGUCCACAGUGAGAAACCUGUGAGAAGUACAAGCCCCAGUCAACGUAACGGGAGUUCUGAGUUCAUCGUUUUCCCAAAGACACACCCUGAUUCUUCCAGCCUUGCUGUGUAUAAUCUGAUCUACUAGACGUGUGUGAGUGAGAGGCAGUAGCAUACAGACUGAUUUUUUUAUAUAUAAUCUUAGAUUGUAAUUGUACCAGUGACAUGAUGGAGUACAAGAUGGGGCAGUUUCGACUUUCCUCCCCACUUUCCUGCUUCUAUGGAUUUCAUUUUGUUUCGUUUUCAAAAAGUUACGGUGCUGUAUAGGUGCUUUCUGUUUAACCUGGAAUGUAUGAUUAUACUGCUUACCUUCUUUGGUAGACCGAAUAGUUGGGAACACCUUUGGUACGUAUGAAACUGGUGUGACGACGCUCUGAUUAGCACAGCAUAUGCAUACUUCUCCAAAGUGAUAUACGAAGACUCUUUUCUUUCCGUAAAAUGCAUUAGGCAUAUAAGUGUAUAAAUAUAUUUUACCAUGUACAGUACAAAAAUGGAGCAUUCUGCAUGGACGUUAGGAACACAGGCUAGUAUUUCAGCACAGACCCCCCUGCAUGAGUUCUCGCUAGCGCUUGCACCGUGCAGUGGGCACCGACUCCCUUCCACCAACACAGACGUGCCGCCUGACCCCCUGCACUCACCAGAGGCCCCCAGAGGCCCCCUCCUGUACCUUGCUUUAUAAUCCCUCUGGGGGUAAUACUGGUGGUGAUAACAGCUCCUAGCAUAAUGAGAGUUCCAUUCGGUAUUGUCACACGCCUCUCCCGCCUCACUUGGGUUGUCCUGUUUGAGUGAUGGCCCUGUUGAUUUCAUCCUGCCUUCUACUGAAUCUGUAAAUUGUUGUGCAGUUGUGGUUAGAGUAGACCUGUAGCGUAUUGCCUUUCUAAACUGCUACAAGUUUAUAAUUUUCAUUUUAAAAGUAUGUAUAAUUUUUUUAAAUAUAUAUUCUAUUCACAUGGUCAGCUUGUCAGUGAGACAGACUUUUGCUUACUAUAUUUCUUUAUAUGAUGCUAGCCACUUCCUUGAUUCUUUGGUAGUCUGCUGCGUACAAGAACUGUCCGGUAUCAGCAAGAGAGGGCUGCCUCUCUGGGCGCCUAAGCACUGUUGCCCUGGGUGGAGUUGUAGUUCAGAAACCGCAGCAGUGGCCUGUGGAGAUGGGUGGUAUUGGAUACAAAGGAGAAUCCAGAGUGCUUCCAACACGAGGGCCCUGAGAAUUUCUCUCCUGAGCUCAAAGAAACAAGCAAACUAACAAAAUAGCUUUUUGCCUUUGCAGUUAGUUUUAUAGACCCCGGGAGCUACUUUGGGAGUAAGAAAGGCAACCAACCCUCAGAUGUUUUCAACUUUAAAUGUUGCAUUCCUUUCAGACAUGUGACAUCUGGUUUAUUCUCCCCCUCCCCCCGCCCCAGUGUUUGUUAGAUUGUCUUACAAAAUGUUCCAGAGUCAGAUUAUAAUUUAAUCUAAAAGAGCUGAGGGAGGGACUAACGAAAUAUGAGAGCAGGGCAGCCGCAGAGCAGGAAAGUGGAGGGGAAAGGGUGCUUCGAAUUUUUUAAAAAGGUUUUAUUUUUAGAGAGGGGAAGAGAAGGAGAGAAACAUCAAUGUGUUGUUGCCUUUUGAGCACCCGCCACACACACUUGGGACCUGGACUGCAACCCAGGCAUGUGCCCUGACUGGGAAUUGAACCAGCAACCCUUUGGUUCACAGGCUGGCAGUCAAUCCACUGAGCCACACCAGCCAGGUGAUUUUUUUUUUAAAUAGCAUCUACACGUAGAGAGUUGUGGAGCACUGAGGUCAAGGUAAAGUCAGGUGCCAGCAUCAGCCCCAGGAGGGGGUCAGAAUGGAACAGUUGGGCUGGGCCAGGGUGCCUUAGACCAGCCAGGUUCUACCGUGGUCGGACUGGACAGAGGUUUGUCCUGAGCCCUCUGUUGCUCAUACUGAGAUCUGCUUUCAGGAAGGACCAACUGUUGGCCACCACAUGGAGUUCUGAGUGUCAUGGGUUCCUCAUAGUAAGUUUUCUGAUCGGAGCAUCUCAGCAGAAUGUUUAGUAGCUUCUGGGGCCUGGCUGCUCUCAUGUUAGCAUUCUAAAGAGAACUACCCGAGGCAGCCCUCAGCCUUAAAACAAGCUGCUUUAGGGAGCCUUCCACUUUCUGAUGGGAAAUUGGAAGACUGACUGAUAUGGAAAGCAUGACAUGUCACAAGCUUCCGCUGUCCUGGUGCGGGCCCUGACCGCCAGGUUCCGUGUGCCCCGUUAACUGUGAAUGGUGCCGAGGCCGGUCUCCUAUGUAGCGCAGCCUCUGUAAUAUAAUGAUUGCUGAAACACAUGUUUAAAAACUUCAGAAGUUUCUUUCCUGUCAACAGGAAUGUCGUGCAUACACACAGACUGUACACACAUAGUACAGGCGGACUCGGUGUGUUCGGUGUUGGGUCUCGGCCUCGCCUGUGUGUCCCUUGCCCUCCCCGGGGAGAGGACCUCUGGGCUCGCUGCUCGGGACAGACAUGCCCACUCUCGAGGUCAUUUCGGUGGCUUCCAAACCUGUCAGACGGUAGGCAUGGUCUUCACCACUGCCCAGCAGACCCCCCCCACUUAGAGAAUAAGGAACCUUUGAAUCUCUUACGACUGUCGAGAGGAAAGAAGCCAAGCAGCCCCUUCCAUGUAGAGCGCUGAGGCCACGGGCUGGUGAGGGGAACGCAAAUGUUACCCUCCCCGAGUGCAGGAGCGGCACCCUGACAGUGCUGAAAUCUGAGUUCCUCCUUCUGGCUGUAUUUGGGGAACAUUGUAUGAUUAGGCAUAUUUUUUUUAAUUGACACAAGCAAAUUUUUGGACAGAAAUGCCGUCACUGGCUAAGAAGCCAGCCUCUCCUGGCGAUCAGGGCGGGGGAGGGGCACUGGAGGAGAAAGGAAGUCCUCCUGAAGCCGUGUCUGUCAGAUAGCACCUGAAAGCGAUGCCCAAGAAAUUAAAGAGAGAGUAUUAUUUUUUAUCUAAAUCUUUCAUGGGUAACAUUUUAUGCAGUUGGAGUGAAUGAAAUAUAUUCCUUUUGUCUAAUCUUAUUUGUAUGUAUUUUUCUUUGACAAAUGAUUGGUGACAAGGCCUCUGCCACACUUCAGAAAUAUUUGCGUGGCUGCUUUUAAAAAUUGUGUGUCUGGUCACUUAUUUCUCUAAAAUUAUCUAAUUGCCUGGCAAUCAGUCUUCUCUCAGAUACUUGUCCUAGCACAUUAUUUAUGUACAUGGGAAAUAUAAACAGGUAUGAAGGAGGACCAGAAAAAUUAGUUCAUCUUUUAAAAAAUGUAUUGUGCAUUUUGGCUUUACACGUUGAACUUUUUUUAAGAACAAAAGUUGCAUGAAUGGGGGGAAAAUCUGUAUACAGUAUCUGUAAAAUGGUCUUAUCUGUUUCAGUUUCUUGCUCAUACCCCAUACAACUAGAAUUAAAUAUGGUGCAUGGCCAACACCCAAGAGUCAAGCAGUCAGUACUCUGGUUCGAAGCGCCUCAUCCUUCCUUUCAAAGCGGAUACUAUCAUUGCAUCCUUACUGAGGAUUUUGUCUAACCAUAUGUUGCCAUGAAUUAACUCUACCGUCUUUCUUUUCAAGAAUCAAAGCCAGUUUGAUUUGGGAAUCUUCCCCUUUCCAAAUGAAAUAGAGAUGCAGUACUUAACUUUCCUUGGUGUUUGUAGAUAUUGCCUUGUGUAUUCCAUUUACAACAGUAACCUAGUUUGUAAAAGAGAUGGUGACGCAUGUAAAUAAAGCAUCAAUGAACACUC